GAUAUCGAUUGAAUUUCAGGUCUUCCGAAUUAUUUUUUCAAAUUUUGGUUGACCAAGAAUCUUCAGUAAAAGUGUAUGAAUGAACGCGUGGAACAAUGCCAUCGUUCCAAACUGAACACAGCGAUGCGCGAGUGGAACUUGUUGACGUGGACAUUUUGAAAACGGGCCAAGUCAGAUUCACUGAUCGCAUUAAGUAUGCGUGCUUCGAUGUUUCGAAAUCCUGGCUGGUUUGUGGAACUGUGGCUGGCAGCUUGCAUAUUUUCGAACGUGGUUCCUGCAAACUUCAACGAAUAGUUCCGCUUAAGGACGGCAAUGUAAAGCAAGUGGCUCUAUCAGAAAGCGGCCCUGAAACCUGGGUUGCGUAUGGAUGUGAAUCGGGUUCAGUUGGCGUGGUUCUUAUCGAUCGGUGUCGUGAAGAAAUUGACUCGAACUGGUCCUCUUUGUCAAGCACUUCUGCGGUAACUUGCCUCAAGUGGUCGUCUUCGUCAUCGUCUCCGCGAUCCUUAUUUGUCGGAGACGUUUCAGGACGAGUCCUGCAAUCGUUUGUUUCGUGUUCUCGUCCCGUAAACUUUUUCAGGGACAACUCUAUUAAACUGGCUGCUUUUGACGCUGAAAUUGUGCAACUAGACGAACUAGAAUCCGACGGGAGAUUUUUGUUGGUGUCUACUUCGAGAAGAACGUAUGUGUUGGACGUUGUUCGUGAGCUGUUCGUGGCAGUUGGCAAAAAGCCGCGGGAUGCUCCGCUUGGAGCAUGUUUUGCCUUGGAUUCGGAGGGGAAUCUACGUGUCUUCGCCGUCAGACCCAAGGGAAGGAUUUGGGAAGCAGAAUUGGACGGACAAGUGAUCAGAACACUCCAGCUUCCACCCGUGAUAGCAGUUCCGGUUGCUACUUUUGGCUCCGGGGAUGUAGCGCAAGAAAUUGAUCCUUUUUUGACGAAAAUUGUGUAUGAGCGGCAUUCCCGAUGCUUGGUGGGUUUCUCAUCGAACUUCCUGCAUAUUUUGGACCCGGAUGAUGGACGAGUCCUGGCCUCGAGCAUCGCCGCGAACAGUGCAAGUAUCGUAGACGUGAAAACUGCGAAUGGAGCCGUUUUUGUGCAAUACCGCGAAAAAUCCGCGUCGAUUUUCGCCGAACUCAAAAUAACUGUACCUGGCAGAAUCGUCCAGCAUCCCGAGGAGCCUCCUCGGAAAGUCGAGGAGGAAUGGUACGAAGAAAUGCAGUGGGAACAAGAUGAUGGGUGGAUUGCCGCGAACAUGUCUAUGAUGGCGAUCGGGAUGUAUUCACCGGAUAUCCUAAGUUUCAAUGAAGAGUUUUUCGGGGACCUUUCGAUCAAAAUGCGGGACAAAGUGUCGAAAUGGCUGAAGAGCUCGCCGCCCGUCAUGGGAACGAAGCCUUCGGAAGCAUUGCCUGUGGUGCCAGAGACGCGGAACGCGAAUGUGGUUGGAAUCAAGAUUGCCACUGACGUGAAGACGCUUGUGAAAGAACUGGGCGAAAAGGCAGUAAUAUUAAAUUCCCUACACGGCGACCCGGCGAUGACUGAAGAAGAAUGCCGCGCGUUAUUUGAGAACUGGAUGAAGUAUUUAGAAGGAUUUCCGGAAACCGUGCAUGCUGUCACGAAAUUCCGGUUCCCGACGUCAGCCUGGGCGGCUAUUAUUCCGGAAGAAGUAAGGAAAGUCAACUCUCACGUUGUGGCUCGGUUUUCGAGUGAAACCGUCGAGCCUGGUGUCGAAGAAGCUUUUGACGUGAAUGAAUUACACGCCAUGUUCCAAAACGAGGAGGACUUUUGUUGGGACGUUGACAAGGUUUGGUUUUUACUGGAUGGAUCUCGUAUUUUAUCUCAAAUGACGGAGAUGAAGUUGAGCUUGUCGUGUCGAAAAAGACUGUGGACGAUAGCUGACCAAGUUCUUCUGAGGGCUUCGAAUUCGUCACAAGAAGUUGACGAAACUCGAAUUUUUGCUUUCCCGAAACGCUCUUGGCUCCCUGUCAUUAAAUCUCGGUUAAAGACUAGGCAAAUAUCCGUUGGCAGUUUUGCCAAACUUUUGCACGAAGCAGAUGACACUUUGCUUCCCGUGGAAUUGCUGUUCUUAUUGGCGGAAAGUGCCAACGAUGUGGACGAGUUGCUGAAAUCCUUCCAGGAUUUCUGGCGGUUUGCUGAUGACCGAAAUCGACAAAUUUUGGAAGCGGCGAGUUUGUUGUACGGAUUUGAUAAGUUGGCUGUGCAAGCUAUUGCUGGACAAACGGGUGAAGACGGAAGAACUUUGGUAGAAAUCGGAAAAAAUGCGGGUUGGCUGUGUGAAGAUGCAUUGCACCGUAUUUGGGAAGAAGUUGACUGCGCUGAUGUCAUUGAAAACUUGAUCGGACCAAGCUUGAGGGUCUGUGGGGCCGAAAAGACGCUGGGAUUCUUGGAAAAAGCCGAGGACAAGUUUUCGUUUAAUAAGAGGUUAGAUUUCUGGCGGUUUGCUGAUGACCGAAAUCGACAAAUUUUGGAAGCGGCGAGUUUGUUGUACGGAUUUGAUAAGUUGGCUGUGCAAGCUAUUGUUGGACAAACGGGUGAAGACGGAAGAACUUUGGUAGAAAUCGGAAAAAAUGCGGGUUGGCUGUGUGAAGAUGCAUUGCACCGUAUUUGGCAAGAAGUUGACUGCGCUGAUGUCAUUGAAAACUUGAUCGGACCAAGCUUGAGGGUCUGUGGGGCCGAAAAGACGCUGGGAUUCUUGGAAAAAGCCGAGGACAAGUUUUCGCUUAAUAAGAGUUUGUUGACAAAAGUUAUGCUGUGCUGCUACGCUGAGGGGAAACACGGAAUGGACUCGCGGACCGCCGCGCUGAGUUUGGAGACGGCGGCAGAGACGCGUUCCCCGUUGGCGCCUCUGUUGUCGACUCGUUCGCCAGAGGCGCCGCUUGCGAACAGCGUCCCGUUUUACCACUGGAGCACCUGCGUGGACGCCGACUCUGCGUGUUGUUCGUGCGGGAUCGCCUUGUGCAACGAGCUGAUGCGGUUUGCGGACGACGGACGUUACUCGGGUCUCGUGGUGUUCAAAUGUGGGCAUCCUUACCACGCGACGUGUUUGAGUGACGCGAAACUGUGCUUCUUGUGUCGGUAA